UCCAGUCAGUGGACAGAAUACAUUAUUCAUCACUGAUCUAAUCAGAUAAUCAAAACUGUUUACUUUCGCUGGGAAUAUUUAAUAAGAUCAAAGCCAGCUGAUUGAAACUGCUCAUUUGGACUAUCGGCGGUCUUGGUCUUACAUAUUUUUUUACAAGAUCUAAGUGAUUGCCUUCUCUCAAAGUCCUGUUUUGAACACUGAAGAUGGAUUAUCCCAAAAUGGAUUAUUUUCUGGACGUUGAGUCUGCUCACAGACUCUUGGAUGUGGAAUCGGCACAGAGGUUCUUCUACAGCCAAGGAGCUCAAGCUCGCCGGGCGACCCUGCUCCUGCCUCCCACAUUAAUGGCGGCUUCUUCGGAGGAUGACAUAGACCGGCGGCCCAUCAGAAGAGUCCGCUCCAAGAGCGACACACCAUAUCUCGCAGAGGCCAGGAUCUCCUUUAACCUGGGGGCAGCUGAGGAAGUGGAGAGGCUGGCAGCCAUGCGUUCCGACUCGCUGGUCCCAGGUACGCACACUCCACCCAUCCGGAGGAGGAGUAAGUUUGCCAACCUGGGAAGGAUUUUCAAGCCCUGGAAAUGGAGGAAGAAGAAAAGUGAAAAGUUCAAGCACACAUCAGCAGCUCUGGAAAGGAAGAUAUCGAUGAGGCAGAGCAGAGAAGAACUGAUCAAGCGAGGGGUCUUGAAGGAGAUCUAUGAUAAAGAUGGAGAACUCUCCAUAUCAAAUGAAGAUGACUCCCUGGAGAACGGGCAGUCCCUGAGCUCCAGCCAACUCUCUUUGCCUGCUCUGUCGGAAAUGGAGCCUGUCCCAAUGCCCAGGGACCCCUGCUCUUAUGAGGUGCUCCAAGCUUCAGACAUUAUGGAUGGACCAGUGUCUGAAGAGAGUCCCUCUGCCAGUGAGUCUGGAGUCCUCCUGUCCCAAGAUCCUUCAGCCAAACCAGUUCUGUUCCUGCCCCCCAAAAAAUCUUCUGCUUUCCCUGGAGACCGUGAGGAGACCCCAGUGAAGCAGUUGCCCCUUCACAAACAGCCCCCGGCCCUGCCUCCCAAACCCACUGCCCGGAUUGCCAACCACUUAACAGAUCCUGGCGCCCCUGUGAAAUUGCCUUGUCUGCCAGUGAAACUGUCGCCUCCGCUACCUCCAAAGAAAGUCUUGAUCUGUAUGCCCGUAGGGGGGCCAGAGCUCUCCCUGGCAUCCUACGCAGCCCAGAAGAGCAGCCAGCAGGCCGUGGCCCAGCAUCACCACACCGUCUUGCCAUCCCAGAUGCAGCACCAGAUGCAGUAUGGCAGCCACGGCCAGCAUCUCCCAUCCUCCACGGGCACCUUGCCCAUGCACCCCUCGGGCUGCAGGAUGAUCGAUGAGCUGAAUAAGACACUUGCUAUGACCAUGCAGAGGCUGGAAAGCUCCGAGCAACGAGUCCCCUGUUCCACUUCUUACCAUAGCUCUGGUUUGCACUCAAGCGACAGCAUCACAAAAGCAGGACCCAUGGGCCUUCCAGAAAUAAGACAAGUGCCAACUGUUGUGAUUGAAUGCGACGACAAUAAGGAAAAUGUGCCUCAUGAACCCGACUAUGAAGACUCGUCCUGCCUGUAUGCCCGGGAAGAGGAGGAAGAGGAGGAGGAUGAAGAUGAUGAUGCAUCCUUGUACACCAGCUCACUAGCCAUGAAGGUCUGCAGGAAGGACUCCUUAGCCAUCAAACUCAGCAACAGGCCCUCUAAGCGAGAGCUAGAAGAAAAGAACAUCCUCCCCAGGCAGACCGAUGAAGAACGGCUGGAGCUCAGACAGCAGAUUGGCACCAAGCUCACCAGGCGGCUGAGCCAGAGACCAACUGCAGAGGAACUGGAGCAGAGGAACAUUCUGAAGCCUCGGAAUGAACAAGAAGAGCAGGAGGAGAAGCGGGAAAUCAAGAGGAGGCUGACUCGAAAGCUCAGCCAAAGGCCCACGGUGGAAGAACUCCGGGAGAGAAAGAUCCUUAUCCGAUUCAGUGACUAUGUGGAGGUGGCAGAUGCCCAAGACUAUGACCGAAGGGCAGACAAGCCAUGGACCCGCCUCACCGCUGCAGACAAAGCUGCCAUUCGGAAGGAACUCAAUGAGUUUAAAAGUACCGAAAUGGAAGUCCACGAGUUAAGUAGACACUUAACCAGGUUUCAUCGACCUUAACAGUGGGAUUACUCUUCAGUGCUCUGCUGUCUUCAAAACAUAAAUUUUUAAGAACCAUAAGUGCUGGCGUCUGUCCACUUCCCCGUUACCAUGUAAAUCCGAACUGCCUUUUUUUUAAAAAAAAGAAAAAAGAAAGAAAGAAAAGAAAAAAGAAGAAGGAGAAGAAGAAGAAGAAGAAGAAGAAGAAGAAGAAGAAGAAGAAGAAGAAGAAGAAGAAGAAGAAGAAGAAGAAGAAGAAGAAGAAGAGAAAGGAAACACAAUUGGGAUUCUGUGUGCAAGAACACCAUGGCGAGCACUCCUCAGAGCUGCUGGCACCCCUUCUGCUACAGAAAGGUGUCCUGGCCCCCAUCAGGGACCGACCUGAGGAUUGUCCAGAAACAGCCUCAUCCCCUCCAUCCAGACCCAGCAAGCACCACAUUGGUUCAGUCUUCGGUGAACCCCUUCCUCACAAGGGACUGUUGCCUGAGUCCAAAGAAGCCAAGGGCUUGGUUUGGGAAUGGCUAGGUGAAAGUCAUAAUCCAGCUGCCCUUCUAGACUCGGCCAGACACAUGGGCUCCAGAUGGGGUAUCUACUUUGUGGACCCUUAAGAGGGGGAUGCUGGGAAGGGGGUGAUGACCUCUCAGUCCCCCACCUCACACACACAUAUACACACACACGAACAUGUGUAUACA